UGAAGCAAACCACUCUUGGUUCUAGAGACGGUCUACAAACACACAGAGAAGGAAGGAAAGCUCCACCAGCCAUUACUGUCCUCCCUGGCGGUGUUUGUCUCAGGUCUUUUGGGGAUUUACUUUUUACACCAGCCUCUGUGCAGCAUUCCCGGCAUGGAUUUGCUCCUGGAUUCCGGCUGAUUUUUCUGGAUUACUUUUUUUUUCCUCUUUAGACUAGAAACACUUUAGAAAAGGAGCAUCGCAAAUCAGUCAUCAUGUCAGUGACAGCACUGUUCCGGGGGAAGUGGCCGCCCAAAUCACAGGACAGCACAGAGAAGCAUCCCACACCUGUGAUCGAGAACCGCCAUGUGGAAGAUGAUGAUGACGACAGCCGGGGCGGCUUCACCAGGGAGCCCAUCAAGAGGAACUCCCGAUUCUACCGCUCUAUGAGGAAGAAGAGAGGGGUUUCCACCGAGCAGCUGGAAGCUCCUCCGAGGACUACUGCUGACCAAAAUUCACCAAACAGAUUGUCUUCCAAUUCACCGUCACCUCUCAAGUCACCUCUGCUGCCUGCAACUCGACGACCUCCGCCUUCACCACGGCUCCAUCACUCCAGUCCUGUGUUGCCAAGCAAUGGUGAGAGCAGCAGCAGACAUUUUCAGCAAAACAAGGAUGCUGAGAAAAGGAGCAGAGAGGUGGGAGGAGGAAGCGUGGACAUAUCUGCCUCGUCCAACAGCAGGCAGAGCACUGACAUGAUCAGUUACCGGUCUCACGGCAUCAAGAGUGGAGAUAUUACCGAGCUGUCCAAGAAAACCGCAGCCGCUUGCACGGUCCAGGAGGGCGGCAGGAAAACCAUGAGCUCCGAGAGAUCUCAGGAGGACAAUGCCAACCUCAGGCUACACAGAAAUGGAGAACGCUCGCAGGCAUUCAGUCCCGGCCUCAACAUUAUCAAAAACAUCGCCUUCUUGUACCAAGAAUACAGAGAUACAGCCAAGCAGCAGGAGAUCGAACAGAGGCGGCAGUUGGAGAGUCUCUCUCCCGGGCUCCUGCAGGGGUCGUCGGGGUCAGGUGGAGGAACGUCCCCGCCGGUGCUGCAGCUUCAGCUGAGGAACAGUGCACGCUCUCUGAGCUUGUGGCAGAAUCUGGAGGCUGUAAAGGCCAGUGGGCUGCUGGUCACGUUACCACAGAGGGAGAUCAUCAUGCAGGAGGCCAUGUUUGAACUGGUGACUUCAGAAGCUUCCUACUACAAAAGUCUGGAGAUCUUAGAGACCCACUUCCUCCACAACCCCAUUCUCAUCAACACUCUGAGCCAGCAUGAUGUGCACUUUCUGUUCUCCAACAUAGAGGAAGUUAUGAAGGCCAGCGAAAGGUUUCUGAUGGACCUUGAGCACAGAAUUGAGAAGUCGAUAUUGAUUACCGAUGUCUGUGACAUCGUGUACUUCCAUGCAGUUGAACACUUCAGAGUCUUUGUCAAGUACGUCAUUAACCAGGUGUACCAGGAGAAGAACUACCGACGCAUCCUAGAGGGGAACCAAGCAUUUCGUGAUGCCAUGGCCUCACUGGAGAACCAUCCUUGUGUCCGAGGUCUCUCCUUCACAUCAUUCCUCAUCCUCCCUUUCCAGAGGAUCACAAGGCUCAAGCUGCUUGUACAAAAUAUCCUGAAAAAGGCAGAGGAAAACUCAGAGAGGGAGAUGAAUGCAAUUAAAGCGCAUCAGCAGCUCGAGCAGAUCGUGAAAGAGUGCAACGAGGGUGUCCGAAAAAUGAGUCGCACUGAGGAGCUCAUCAGCAUUGAGAAAACACUGGAGUUCAAAUCAAAGUCUGUGCCCAUCAUUUCACACUCCCGCUGGUUGCUCAAGAAAGGAGAGGUCCAGCUCAUGUCUGGACCCAAAACCACGAGAACCAUGCGGAGCCGGAAGCUCUACCAGCCGGUCUACUUGUUUCUCUUCAACAACCUGCUGCUGGUCACCAAGCGCAGCUCCAGCGGUGACAAGUUCCAAGUUCUUGACUCAUGUACACGGGCCAUGUUGAGGACUGAAGACCUGGAAGACCAGGGUCAGAUGUUGGCUAAUGUCUUUAAUCUGAAGCUGCUGGAGAACCAGGAGGAGCGAGAAGUCAACUACUUGCUGAAGGCGUCAAGCAUGAGUGACAAGCUUCGUUGGAUGUGUGCUCUCACUCCAAACCGACGCACUCGCUUCAUGUCAACCAGCGCUCACCAGCAAGACUCUCUGCAGGUCCAGUGCAUACAGUCCUACUCCUCUCAGGAACCUGACGAGCUCUCUAUUGAAAUGGCCGACAUUCUCAAUCUCCUGGAGAAAACUGAUGAUGGCUGGAUGAUGGGUGAACGACUGCACGACGGUGAAAAGGGCUGGUUCCCAAGUCGGCUGGUGGAGGAGAUACAGAGCAAGGAGGUCCGGGCUCAGAACCUGAGGGAAGCCUUCAGGAUCCACCAGGCUCAAGAGGGAGGUGGAAGCCUUCACUCAGCGGGGAGAAGUGGCGCCAGGUCCGGGCGGCGUACCAAGCACUCCAAUAUGUCAAACCAAUGGAUUGAUCAGAUGAGCGGGAGUAGCGAGCACUAAAAGAACUGAAGGUGCACGCCUCAUGAAACAACACCUUACUCCUUCAAUUCAAAAUGGAAGUUGUAGUCUCAGUGUUCUCACACUUCAAACACUUGAGGAAAACACUGUUUACAACAAAUGCUGCAUGUACCUGUUCAGUGAUGUUUUGGUGGUUCCUGUGCUUUUCACAUCUGAGCUGCAGCCAAAUAUUCAAGCGUCUUGCCUCAGUCAGGGGUGUGACACCACUGCCCAGCCCCCAGCCUCGUCUCCAUAGAGUUGUCAGACUACUGCGACCAUCUUUUAGUGGAAGGAACAUGCCAUCAGAGUGUCAAUGGCUUCUGUAUUGGCACUGGAACUCACUGCAGGUUCCUGAAAAAUUUGCCCACAUUUCAGCAGCUGGCUGAGGUUUCAAACAGCUCAUUUCACAAGAUUGUUGAGAAAGUCAACUGUCAUUCACAGAGGAUGCGUUCAACUUCAUUAGCAACGAGUAGUUUCAGUGUCAAUCCCACACUUAAGUAAGACAUCAAGCCUGUCUCACUUCAGUUACCUUAAGAUGUGGUUAUGGGAUGGAAAGUAAGACUUGGGACUGAGAGUUCCACUCUUGCCUUCGAGGACAGACAAAUGAAGGUAAGCUGAAAUAUAGUGACUGGAUUGUUCCUGUCAUUGACUAGAGACAUUUGUGGCCAACAUGGUACUGCUGAAGAGAGCAGGUGGACCACUGAGGACCGGUUCUUGUCAGCCCUGAGGAAGACAACCGAGCUGGCGUGACCUGGGCGAUGGCUUUGGUGUGUGAUGCAGCAUGGCCCCACAUCUCACUGGACCAUGUCGGUACCAUGUUUGACGGCUUUGGCUCUGAUCCGGCAAUGGCACUUGCUGUCCUGCAUUAUAAAUAGAUAAAGAAAUUUGCAUCUAUGUGUUUGAUUGUGUUUUUGAAACCCAAAUUGUUCUUCUAAUUCAGUUAUUCGUAAAUGUACUGUAAACAUUGACCUUUGCAUGGACAUGCUCUUAGACUUCAGAAUUUUUGUUUUUUUCAGUGCGAUGUAUUGUGAAUCAAACCUCAACACAGUGGUGGACUAAAUGUUAUCAUUUUAACAAUCGAAAAGCAGUAGAAUGUUGACUCACAAAAAUGAGACGUUUUGGUUCUGGAUUGCAAGUUUGUUUUUUUUUUAAAUACACUGUCUGUUGGAUGCUAACUCUUAAUGAACAUUCAUUUGGUGCCCACCUGACCUGUACGCCAUCCGUCCAUCCAACAGGUGUUCACAGCAUGCUUCCAAAUACAGAUGUAACUAACUCAUGAAUCUAUCAUGUCAUGUAAAUAAGCUGGUUGAGAGUUUGACAAACAAGGACUCCAAAACCUGAGGACGCCUACAACAAUAUAAGACUGUGUAAGUGUCGAAACUGAGCAGGUUUUGUCCGAAGAACCAUUUCACAAACUCCAUUGUCAUGCUGCAAAAAGUAAGAACAGCAACCAAGCAAAAUGAAAAUAUUCAAAAUGAAUCUUUUUUUUUAAACAGAGUUGAAGAAUAUACGCCCCUUCAAAAGAUAAAUCCUCUAUUUAUGAUAAACCUGUCUUGCUAGCAAUAUAAUUGGGAUCCCAAUAUUCCUGUGACAAUGAAGGCUGGAUCGCUGUGUUUGAAUACCAUGAUACACUUCUCACCGUGCUGACUUCCAAAGUACACUGUUGGCUUUCUGCUCCUUCAGCAAUUGUGUAUCUUCAAAACAGUCUUUGAUCAGUUAAGCGUGGUUCAUGUGGAUUGUCCCCAAAUGAGUGUUGUAAACCCACUGAUUUCCCCCCCGGAACAUUACAACAAAUGACAAACACACACAGGAUGUGAAAUGUAACUGUAAAUUGAAGUCUUGAUCGUACAGGUGUGGAUACCGCAAACUGUGCUACAGCAUGACUGUAAAGUCGAACUGUCUCCUCAUGUAUCUGUACAAAACAUUUGUCUUUCAAAAUUGGUAAUUGCAAGAUAAUUGUUUCAUUUUGUAAAAUAUAAAUUAUUGUUCAUAAAAAAAAAACCUUUGAUCGCUGUGUUGGUUUCAUUUUUGUGGAGGCCAAUGUUGGUUAGCGUACCAUUUCAGCAGGAGCUCUUUGUUGUCCACACAUUUCAAAGCCUGGAAAAGACUUU